CACUAGUGUAGUGAACCACUGCUAACUUAACGCUGCCGUAGGAACGAGUCUGUGACAGAAAGUGUCGUGUGGAAACAAAUAAUAGUGCAACUUGUUGGACUUUAAAAGUUCCCACGAACUCGACACAAAAUGAGAACCAGCGAUGAGAAGGAGGAAUAACUCGCCUUCUGACGAGCACCAAAGCUCAGAUGCAAGCACGCUUCUGAACCAGGGGACGGAUGUGAAAGACAAGGCAGAGGCUGGCAGAGACACGGACAAAGUCAUGGGGCGGAAAUGCAGAAGGAGUGGUUUGAUGUGGAGGUUGAGGAGGAUCUUCCUCUGGGUUUUGGGGAUCUACGUUGCUAUUCCAUUCAUCAUCAAGCUCUGUCCUUCCAUCCAGGCCAAGCUGGUCUUUUUAAACUUUGUGAGGGUGCCGUAUUUUAUCGAUCUUAAGAAGCCACUGGAUCAAGGCCUGAACCACACACACAACUUCUACCUUCAGCCAGAGGAAGAUGUUGAUAUCGGAGUGUGGCACACAGUACCAGCCCUGCUGUGGAAGGAGGCGCAGGGAAAAGAAGGAAACUGGUACGAAAACAAACUCCAGUCCUCUCACCCAGUCAUGCUCUAUCUGCAUGGCAAUGCAGGGACCAGAGGAGGAGACCACAGAGUGCAGCUCUAUAAGGUCCUUAGUUCAUUAGGCUACCAUGUAGUCACGUUCGAUUAUAGAGGUUGGGGGGAUUCAGAAGGCAGCCCUUCUGAGAGAGGGAUGACGCAGGAUGCUCUCUUCCUCUACCAGUGGCUGAAACAGCGGAUCGGUAACACUCCGCUCUACAUCUGGGGCCACUCUCUAGGAACCGGAGUGGCCACUAACUUAGCCAGGCGUCUGUGUGACAGAGGAACGCCACCUGACGCUGUUAUCCUGGAGUCUCCUUUUACCAACAUCAGGGAAGAAGCCAAGAGCCACCCUUUCUCCAUGGUUUACAGAUAUCUGCCAGGCUUUGACUGGUUCUUUUUGGACUCAAUCGCUGCCAACGACAUCCGAUUUCCCAGCGACGAGAAUGUGAAUCACAUCUCCUGUCCAAUCCUGAUUCUCCAUGCUGAAGACGAUCCUGUCGUCCCUUUCCACUUGGGGAAAAAGCUCUACACUGUAGCGUCUCAGUCUAAGAGCCUGAACGGACACAAGGUGCAGUUUAUUCCGUUUCCCAGCAGUCAAGGCUACAGGCACAAGUUCAUCUACCGCAGUCCUCAGCUGCCUGACAUACUCGGUGAUUUUCUCAGCACGACUCAUCCACACGUAUAGCUGCAAGCUUCUACCAGAUUACCCUUAACCCCCUCUCACACACACACACACACACUCUCACACACACAAUAUGCACCUGUGCAUUCCGUACUCCACUAAAUCACCUGAAGACCAGAGAACGGCAAGCGAGACGAAGAGAUGAACAGAGGAAUGGAGGAAAGGCAGCUUGAGCACAACAUAUGCAAAGAAAUAUGCAAACCUGAACAGAAACUGGAUGCGUGUCAGAGACACACUGCACAUUAGCGUAGAAGCUCGUGAGAUCGCAUGUGAUGUAUCUGAUGAUGUCGUCAUUCCUCUCUGCAGCAGCUGCUACUCUACUGAAAUAAUCACAAGUAGAGCUUUAUUGGACCUUUUAUCCAUUUAGUGUCAACUUUACUCAUGUGAGAUUUAAAGUCAAUACAUUUUUUUUUAUUAAUAAUUCUAAAAAAAAAAAAAAUUAUUAAUUCCACCAUGAUGCAGAAUUAAAGAAAUAAUAAUAAUUCUUUAAUUUCUUUAAUUCUGCGUCAUGGUGGAAUUAAUAAUUUUUUUAUUAAUAAUUCUAAAAAAAAUAAUUAUUAAUUCCACCAUGAUGCAGAAUUAAAGAAAUAAUAAUAAUUUUUAAAAAUGGACUCCUUCUUUUUCAGAUUGCUAGUGAUGACAAUCUCAGAAUUAUAAACAUUUAACUCGUUUAAACACAACAGACAUUAAGGUCACAACCUUCAGUCUUAUUCCCUCUUAUCCCUUAUAACAUGUUUUUGUUUUGUUUUUUACAUUUAAUUUUAUUACAAUCUCCCUUCACACAUAACAGACAUGAAGUUAGUAAAAGUUUGACCUUCAUUUUGGACUGAAAUGAGAUGUUUAUUUCAUCUCCUAUAAUGAACUUAUAUUCUAUUAUAUUUACUGGAUGGAAUUAUGAGACCCUACAGAACUUUUACAAAUAUCUAAACCAGUCGUAUUAAUAGUUAUAUAUCGAUCUGUGUGUGUAUACAUCUGAAUACAUCGUUAUCGUGACGUUCACAGAAAAAUAUCAGACUUGAGACAUCAGUCACAUGGAAAUUCGCACUAUACGGAUAUAUAAAAGUGUUGCACUAUAAAUAAAUAACUACAUACAAAUAAAAUAAUCCACUGAGUUUUUAAAUUAGCCUUUAAACUUUGUCAAUACAAGCCUGUGUAUUUCAUUAGCUAGCUGUGAGUUACUAAGGUAAGCCAUACACUCGCUUUACUGAGCUCAAACGUCUCCUGGACUGUGCGGCAAUAAUGUACUGUACUGGUUUAUAACCACAGUGAUAACUAUUAUAGGUCUAGGCUACAUAAAGUCUGCGUUAUGAGCCGUUGGUCAACAUGAUGUUCUGAAUGUAUUUUGGUUUUUGAGGUGUAAUCCGUGCAUUGAGAGGUUACGGGGGUUAAAAAAAAUCCCUGGAUUAUAACAAGCAAUGAUUAAAAAAGUAUUUAUCGUAUGUGAUGUGGAUCGUCAGGUGGUUAGCUAACAUGCUAUUAUCAUUAAAUGUUCCUGACUUCCUGUGAGUUUGGAUUUGUUAGCCGUGUUAGCGUUUCUGUACCAGUUGGUAUCGUUAAAGAUCAGACUCAAAGGUUACAUAACGUCGGCUGAAAGACUGAAGUGAGAACAUGAAGGUGACCGUAUCGAAGUAUGCGUGUUCUAAGGAAGUGUGUGUGUGUGCGUUCCUGCGCAUGUGCGAUGUUAGCAUUAGCUUUACUAGUCUCUGAGUACAUGUUUUCAAAGAGUGUCCCCUAGACUAGGUCCGUGUCCUCUACACAUUACAUAGCAUCCCCAAAGCUAAACUUCUUGUUAUUCUAAUCGUUGUCUGUUCUGUAUUUAGCUCAUGGCCUGCUUGCUACAACGCUAAUUAGAGGCUAAUGAGAAAAGACAACACACAAAUCUGUAAAGAAACAUGACCCCUGGGCUUUAUUCUGCAUAAAAAAUAUCAAGCAUUCCGUUUUAUUCCACAAACAUUUCUGUGUUAAAAUUGACGUUUUCUCCUAACGCAUCAUGGGAAUUGCAACCCAGAUCAUAUCACAAGAACCAUCAAAAACAGUCAAGUUCAAUAGAUUUUUAUGAAUUCUUUCAUUCAGAACUCAGAACAUUUCUCAGUGUGAUUAUCUAGUGGACUGUUUUGUUUUUUUUUUUCUUUCCCUAAUUGUGUGACCAAAGCUUUGAACAAAUCAUCUGAAACUUUUUUUUUUUUUUUUUUACUUGUUUUGGUAUCAGACGCAUGUUAUAUACUUACUAAAACCUAGAAAACUUUUUUCUUGCCUGUAAUUUAUAUUAACAUUAUAUAGAGAAAGACUGAGCUACUGACCUCUCUGUUCAAAUUCCCUUCAGCUGCCUUCGUCUAAGACCAAACACACGAUUUCAGCAUAGUUUCAAUCUGUUUUAAAUACUUUUAUGAAUUUGUCUUAUUUGCAAACGGUUACUAGGGUUUUUUUGUUUUGUUUGUUUGUUUUUUGUGAAGUAGCAUGUGGUUUACAGUUUUUUUUUCUUUUGUUUGUUUUUUUUAAGCUGCUAAAACUUACUUUACUACUGGACACAUCAAGACUGUACAGUCUCUCUGUUUGUUUGUACAUAAUAAAGGAUUGAAUUCAAAGCUGA